ACCCUAUCCUUAAGGUGGCUAUGCCAGAACUAACGGUAGAGAUUGUGUUUUCUCCCACCUUCCUGCGAGCUGUUGACUUGUGCCUGUCUCCGCUAGUCCAGCCCAAAGCCAGAAGCCAGCUGAGCUGUGUCUGUGCACGCGGCAGGGAGGAGGGAGCUGUGGGGCUGGAGCACCACCAGACAGGGACACGGGGAGGGACCGGGUCUGGGAUUUACCCCGGGACAGGCCUGUGCAGCGCCAGGAGCCGUCCCUGCGCGGGCGCUCAGGGCGGUGCCCGCGGUGCGGCGUGGGGCGGAUCGCGACCCCCGUCCCUCCCCCGGGGCUGAGUCGCCGCCGUGCGCGCGCCGCCCACGCGCGAUCGUCGCUAUCGCGGCCGCCCGGCUGGCCGGGCCUCGCCGCGCGGGGACCCUGCCAGCCAUGGCCCAGCUCGGCGAUCAGGCUCUGCCGGGGCCAGAAACCACGGUGCAGAUCCGUGUGGCCAUCCAGGAGGCCGAGGACGUGGAGGAUCUGGAGGAGGACGACGAAGGGACCUCUGCGCAGGCAGCGGGGGACCCAGCCCGGUACCUCAGUCCAGGCUGGGGCAGCGCCAGUGAGGAGGAGCCGAGCCGCGGGCACAGCGCCACGACAAGUGGAGGUGAGAAUGAGCAUGAGGAACUGGAGCCGGAAUGGAAGCCCCCGGAUGAGGAGCUCAUCAGGAAGCUGGUGGAUCAGAUUGAGUUCUACUUUUCAGAUGAAAACCUAGAGAAGGAUGCCUUCCUGCUCAAGCACGUGCGAAGGAACAAGCUUGGCUACGUGAGCGUCAAGUUGCUCACCUCCUUCAAAAAGGUGAAACACCUCACACGGGACUGGAGGACCACAGCACAUGCCUUGAAGUAUUCAGUCACCCUGGAGUUGAAUGAGGACCACCGGAAGGUUAGGAGGACCACCCCUGUGCCACUGUUCCCCAAUGAGAACCUCCCCAGCAAGAUGUUGCUGGUGUAUGACCUACACCUGUCUCCUAAGCUAUGGGCCCUGGCCACGCCCCAGAAGAAUGGAAGGGUGCAAGAGAAGGUGAUGGAGCAUCUGCUCAAGCUUUUUGGGACUUUUGGAGUCAUCUCAUCGGUGCGGAUCCUCAAACCUGGGAGAGAGCUGCCCCCCGACAUCCGGAGGAUCAGCAGCCGCUACAGCCAGGUGGGGACCCAAGAGUGUGCCAUCGUGGAGUUCGAGGAGGUAGAUGCAGCCAUUAAAGCCCAUGAAUUCAUGGUCACUGAAUCUCAAGGCAGGGACAACAUGAAAGCUGUCUUGAUUGGGAUGAAGCCACCUAAAAAGAAACCUCUCAAAGAUAAGAACCAUGAUGACGAGUCCACAGCAAGUACCCACCUAAGCAGGUCCCUGAACAAGAGAGUGGAGGAGCUUCAGUACAUGGGGGACGAGUCUUCUGCCAACAGUUCCUCUGACCCUGAGAGCAAUCCCACCUCUCCUAUGGCUGGCCGGCGGCAUAUGGCCACUAACAAGCUCAGCCCUUCUGGUCACCAGAAUAUCUUUCUGAGCCCAAAUGCCUCCCCAUGCUCAAGCCCUUGGAGUAGCCCUUUGGCCCAGCGCAAGGGCGUCUCCAGAAAAUCCCCACUGGCUGAAGAAGGUAGACUGAACUUUAGCACCAGCCCUGAGAUCUUCCGAAAGUGCAUGGAUUAUUCCUCGGACAGCAGCGUCACUCCCUCAGGCAGCCCCUGGGUUCGCAGACGACGCCAAGCUGAGAUGGGGACACAGGAGAAAAGUCCAGGGGCAAGUCCUCUGCUGUCUCGGAAGAUGCAGACCGCAGAUGGGUUGCCUGUAGGGGUGCUGAGGCUGCCCAGAGGCCCCGACAACACCAGAGGCUUCCAUGGUGGACAUGAGAGAAGCCGAGCCUGUACAUAAUACCUUCUAUUUUUAAUACCGGCUCCAUUGAAAACAAACUUUGUUUUCGAGGUCCUCACCAAUAGCUAGCAUGACAGAGAAUGGAAUUCAGUCCCCUUAGAAAGCUUUUGUAUCCACGUAGACCUUUUAAUUUAUAUAUUUGUAAGGUAUACACAUUGUCCCGUGUGCCAUGGUUUUAAGACCAUCUUCUGGCUGGGAGGUCUUGCUCCCAGCAUGGCCACUGUUUUGACAAUGCCUGGAGUGUGUGAGUGUAAUGUCUGUGAAGGGCUGUGGGGCACAGGCUCUCUGGGGAGAUCUAGCAGCGAGUCUGUCUGUCUCAACUGGCUUUUUUUCUCUGCAAUGACUGAGCUGUCCUUGGCAGGCCAGGCAAUAGCUCCUCCUGAGUCCUCAAGGGAGUUUUGCUCAAUGGCAAAUCCUUCAGCCAAUAGCAUGGUGUCUUAUAGGACUGAGCGUCUAUUCCCUGUCAAGUGAAUAAAUAAUAAAACACCCACUGGGAGUCCCUUAUCUGAGGUCACAGACCAUACCCCUUAGACAAGGAACCCAACAAGAACAUAUUUUCUCUGUCUACCCCAUAGUGUACUCCCGGGGCAGUCCUGGACUCUCCUGGAAGUUUCUGGCAGCCUGGGACGUCUGUCAUCACAAUGAGUCUCACAGGAUAGGCAGCUCCAGUUUCUGCCGAUGUCCCCACAGCAUCCCAGACCAUCAGUCUUGACAUCACCUGAGAACUUGCUAGAAACACACAUUUCAGAGGAGGGAUUAUAGGUGUGUUUUUAAAGAUUUUUUCUUAUCUUUAUUUACAUGUCUGUGCCUGUGUGAGUGUAUGCCAUAUGUGUGCCCAUAGAAUCCAGAAUGAAGCAUCAGAUCCACUGAAGUUGGGGUUACAGGUGUGAGCUGCGCAAUAUGGAGGCUGGGAACUCAAUUUGGAUCCUGAGAAGAGCAGCAAGUGCUCUUACCCUGAGCAUCUCUCCAGGCCCUGAAUCUAGAGUUUGAAAAGCCCUGCCGAUGAUUCUGAGAUGUGCUAGUGUGAGACUCCUUGAGGUAACCAAAGCUGCAGGACCCCAGGUCAGCCAGUCUAACCCCACGUCUCUCACUCCUGUUCUGUGACUUAGGGGUAGUAUUAAGCUCCCCGAGCCUUCUGGUGUCCUGGGGCAUGCUUUGCUGCAUGGUAGUAUGAAAUGUAGUCAGUUCUCCAUAAACGUUGGCUCCAUUUCCUCCUCA